AGAGAGAGAGAGAGAGAGAGAGAGAGAGAGUCGCAGGCACACGAGCUCACACGCCUACUCAGACAGCCCACCGCACUUUCCAGACGCCCACCUCCAGCACACUCCCCUCCCCUAAAAGGCAUUCACCCACUCACCAGCUGUAGCCUCUUUGGUCCCCCGCCCUCCCGUCCGGCUCACCCUCCCCAAGAAGCAGACCCGCGCGCUAGGAGGCAGGGACCCUCCGGCAAAGCAGUGGCUCGGGAGCUCCGCACUGACCUCCGCCUGCCCUGCCUGCAGAUUAACAAAGGCGGCAGCGAGCCCCAGCCUGACCCGACUGCCGCGAGCCGAAAGCUGGCCACGGGGCCCAGAGGCUGCUCAGGCGGCAAGCGCGCAGCGCGGGGUGAUCAGAAGUCACGGGCACCGGUGUCUGAGCUCACAGAUCUCUCUCAAGCCGCGCUGCUGGGACGCCGGCCACACCAUGGGCUGCUGCACCGGGCGCUGCUCGCUCAUCUGUCUCUGCGCGCUGCAGCUGAUUUCAGCCCUGGAGAGGCAGAUCUUCGACUUCCUUGGCUUCCAGUGGGCACCCAUUCUUGGAAAUUUCCUGCAUAUAAUAGUUGUCAUAUUGGGUUUAUUUGGAACCAUUCAGUAUAGACCACGUUACAUCAUGGUGUAUACAGUGUGGACCGCCCUCUGGGUCACCUGGAAUGUGUUCAUCAUCUGCUUUUAUUUGGAAGUAGGUGGCCUCUCUAAGGACACAGAUCUGAUGACCUUCAACAUUUCUGUGCACCGGUCAUGGUGGAGAGAACAUGGACCUGGCUGUGUCCGGAGAGUGCUGCCCCCAUCGGCCCAUGGCAUGAUGGAUGACUACACCUAUGUCUCAGUCACAGGCUGUGUCGUCGAUUUCCAGUACCUAGAGGUCAUCCACAGUGCUGUACAAAUACUGCUAUCUCUGGUUGGUUUUGUGUAUGCCUGUUAUGUGAUCAGCCUUUCCAUGGAAGAGGAAGACACCUGUCGAAAUAAGUAAUGACAUUGAUUCUGAAAAGCGGCUCCUGGACUUGAGUUAGGGAACAAAGAACCACUAGCCUCUGGCACUGGGGAUCCUACAGCGUCACCUUCCUCCCAGACAGCAGGACUGCAACCCCUGCGGGCCAGCGAAUGCAGAGCUGCGAGGUCUUUGGUCUUAGCCUGUGUAACUUUAGCGUUGUUUGCUAGAUGCGUUCUGGGUGCUUGGGUGGGUAUUUUUUUAGUCAUCUCCUUCUCAUAUGAGCACUUGUAAAUUGUAAACAGAAAAAAAAGAAGAAAAAGAAAAAAGAAAGAAAGAAAAAUGGUUUUUAAUUUUUUUUACAAUAUUUAACUUGAGGCAUGCAAAAUGAAAACAAAAAUCUGUGAAAAUAUUCUCAAAGUUAUUUCUAAGGAGACUGUCUGUUGCUGAGGUGGGUGUGACUGACGUCCGUGCUGCUGAACCCUGCUAAGCGAACGGGUUUGUGUGAACAGACAUUGGCUGUGGGCACCAGACCUAAGGAUGGACCUGCCACAGCUUGCAAAGAACUGGAUCUAACUUUCACAGUAAACACAGAUCACUGUUUAAACAGCACCAGACACAGACAAAACACCGAGUCCCUUUUUCUCAACUUCUGAAGACUCCACAAUAUUACGGCAACCUAAAUUUCCAGAUUCAGGCAUCUCUUGUUCUUGCAAUAUUCUGAGACACAAAUUUAUGUAUGUGUUCUAUUAUUGUGUGUACAAAAGGAGAGAAUCAAUUAGUGGGGGUCAUUCUCCUGUGGAGGGAGCUUAGCUGGCCCUCUUCUUCAUAGUUUCUGCUCUUUGUUUCACUCCCAACACUGAUGUCAGACCUAAGCAUACAGCUCAGGGGCUGCGGGCUAGAAACCACAACCACAAAUCUGUAGUCUGGAACUUCUAGGAUAUUCAGAGAGAACAUUCAAAUCCUAUGGUAUUCUCUGUAGAGACCUGUAAAGAAAAUAUGUAUGUUUGAGUUACAUCAAUUUUUCAUUUUCCCAUCCAUCCCAGUCACCAAGAAAAUUACAUUGGAAACCUAAUUUUCUAAGAAGAAAAUGGUUCAACUUGAAAAAAAAAUAAAACAAUUGUGGGGCUUUUUUUUAAUUGAGACGAAAUGCACGGGUGGUGAAAUGCGUAGAUUUUAAGGGUACAAUGUGAGAAAUUUUGAGAAAUGUACAAACUGAAUAAGCAGUGCUUCAACGAAAAUAUAAAACAUGUCUGAGACUUGAGAAAACUUCCUUGGGCCUCUCUCCAUUGUCUACACUCAGUACAUAUCCCUUUAUGAACUGCACUGUGCCCGAGUUUGUCUGCUGAUCUUAAUGCUAAUCUCAUCUGGUUUUCACCAACUAUCUGGACAAAGUGACAUGGCCAAAUGGAUACAUAAAACCUGAGUCAGUUCUCAUGACUGAGGUUUAACUGCAUGGCUGAUCAACUUUCUGCUCGUGAUGGAAGGCAGGCCCUUGUCAAUGUUUUUCUGUCACUCCAUUAGUUCCCAUGUGAAAACCCAAUUGGCUCCUUUGGUAUACACAUGAAAAGGAAGUUUUCCCACAAGUGAGGUUCUGUCUGUUCACUGUUUGCUCCAGGGAUGAACCAAUGUGGCUCACAUAUCUCUAAGACUCCCAUAAAGCACUGAACUGAAACAAAUGUUUGUGUUUGUGGAAGCCUCUCUGUUCCCCCUUCUUCCUCUUACGCACAAAAAUUCUGUGUGUCUGUUAAUGAUCAGAAUUUCAUGCAAUCACCUUUGCCCUAAUGCCUCUAAGUUCAUGUCCCCUGGGUUGUACCCUUUCAGUCAACUGUCGCCAACACUUGCUAAGUUUUAUCCUGCAGACUAAAUCUUGAUUCUGAAUGAAGAGCUCUUGGAACCUGAAAGAUGGUGCCGUCAAGUACCAAUUCCACAACGGAGGGAGCCGGAGCCCAGGACUGUGGCAGAGAGUGGAAAAACCGAGCCCAAGUCUUGUCUCUGUGUCACCUUGGCACCAAGCCUUGUCAGUCACAGCCCAAAGAAGGCUGUGCCUCCUUUUGAGUCAAUGACAACUUUCUUUGGGGUCUCCUGCUGCAUUAUGUGGCAGCAGGGAAAGUUGGGAUGCCUCCACCUUCCAAACAUGUUCCAAAGUCAGCAAAAUAUAGGCAGGAGAUGGAUGAAAGGAUUACAGGACUCUCAGACACAACAGGUCUGUUCAUAGAGCAGUCCCAUCAGGGAAAAAGUGAGAAAAUGUGCUCCCCGAGGAUCUUAGCCUCCCUUCCACCUGCUGGUUGAAGGAGGAGGAUGUAUCUCCAAAGCAAAAAAACUUGUCUCCACACUUCUCCAAACCUUGAACAUGGUUGUUUAGAAGACCACUUGGCACCUUGCUCAAGCAAAAUAUUUACUCAUUUUCUUAUUCUUUCAGGGGAAAAAAAAAAGCCAAGCCUUGCUGUUCCUAUAGAUCUAAAUAAGAGAGGAGGUUACCUUUGAGUAGCUGAACCUAACAAGAGAUGGCAAGGCACUGCUGCUGGCCUCAUCCAACAAACAGCGCACUCCUGGCAAGAGAAAUUUGUCUCUAUUAGAAUCAAAUAAAAUACAUGUUGUAAAGACAAGGGAAACCAUCAUGACUGCUAAACUGAGUAACAAAUAAGAACAAAAUUGCACUUUUCAUCUCUAAAAAUUAGAAUCUUGCCGAGAUUAAACAGACCUUCGUUUUGUACUUAAUUUUAAAAAUGACAUUCCCAAGAUGGUAUCCCUAGGCAAAACAUCCUGGGUGGGAAGUUUUUAAAACAAAUAUUUACCAUUUGUGAGUCACUUUAACAAGGAAAUUGGAGAAACUUUUCAGUUGACUAGAAUUGAGUGUUUUGACUUGACAUUUUAGAUCAAAACAGUGUCUGCUUCCUUUCCAGGGGUGGUUGAGUAAAGUAGGAAAAAAUACAAAUGACUGAUGUGUUAUGGACUGGCCACAGGCAGCUCAGCUACAGCCAAGUCAAGACAGGCAUGUAUAUGUUAAUGAACUAACUCAAGGGCGGCCUUAAUAUGGUAGUGAACCAGCCCUAAACUGAGCAAAACUACUGCCCAAUGAUGAUACAAAACAUGCGGCUUUGGAGAUGACCACUA